GAUGGCUCGUGGUCCCGCGGUUGUUUGAAAAUAGAAAUGGCCGACGUCCGAGCUGUGCUGCAGCGCUGUGAUCCGGCUCUACUGGACCCCCACGGAGACCCGGAGCAGCCGGACUGUGGUGAGGCAGCCCGGAUGGUCGCCUACCUGACGGACAGCCGUCGUGUGCAGAAGGUUCUGUGGCGUCAGCUGUUUGUUCUGGACUCCAUGAUGUCUCUGUUGGAGGGUCUGGAGUCUGCCCAGCAACUGAUGACACAAGGCUGCCCCCCCCAGCCCGAGGGCGGGGCCCGGGGCAGGUGGAAGGCCCUGAAGGCGGAGAGCAGGACCAGGACGGAGGAGACGGAGGCUCUGCUCAGAUCUCUGCAGGAGAAAAUCCAGCAGAUCCACGACAGACGACACAAACUCACGCAGCUGGUCCGGCAGCUGCAGGAGAAGAAGCAGCAGCGUGAACAGCUGAGGGAGUCUCUGCAGAAGGUCCAACAUGCAUUGCAGGCGUGUGACCAUCAGCUGACCAAGCUGAGGGCGGAGUCGGAGGCGGCGCUCAGUCAGCUGACCAGCUGGCAGCGGCUCAGAGACGAGCUGCAGGUGUACGUCUCCACCGUCCAGGACGUCAUGCAGAUCAAUCUGCUGUCCUUCAGCCAAUCAGAGCUGUGCUUGGAGCUCAGGCCACGCUCCCCAUCUAACCAGUCGUCCAAUGAGCUCGAUCCGCUGAAGCUGUCAGUCACCUGGAGCCACGACGACCGCUUCACACUGCAGGUGAACGGGAGCGCGGCCGGUCUGGCGGAGGGCUGCAUGUCGGGCCGACGGGCCGAGCUGAGCGCCGCCCUGCUGGAGGUGAUGCAGUGCUACAUGGGUCAGUUUGAGCUGCUGUCUGAGAUCCAGGGACUGAGAUCCAGUUUUGCCAUAGACUGGCGUCCCGCCCAGCGCCUGCUGGUCUACCUGAAGUCUGCUGUGCUGGUGUGUCACCUGGAGGUGGAGGACGGGUACCCGGGCAGCGGACGAGCCCGGCUGCUGUCGGUACGAAGGGACGGACAACCUCUGGACACAUCUGGACUGAAGCCUCAGACAGACGACCUCAGCCUGACAGGAUGGCUGGUGUUUCUCAGCAGCAGUCCGCUCAUCUGACCCGCUCCUCUGCUCCGCCGUGUGUCUCCUCCUCGUCCUCCAUAUGUCUCCUCCUCCUU